GGCUUCGGGCGUAGCCGCUUCGCUCCACUCCACCCUUAGGGGACCCAACGCCGGGUGGUGCAGGCUGGGGGGAAGCCCGGGCCCCCCGCCCUCUCUGGGCGCCGAAGGGAACGGAGGCUGCGCUGCGGGCCGCGGAACGACCCGGGAAGAGGCCUCGUCGCGAGGGGAAACGGCUUCUGCGAGUCGCGACUGCGACGGGGGGAUAUACCCCUCUUCAAUCUCGAUACAGCAAGCACCCCCCCACACACACAGUUUCCUCCCUUGGGGAGAACGACGCCCCUUGUCGUGGUGAAUCGUUUGAUGUAAAAGACUUGACUCCAUAAUCUACAUCUGCCCUAAUGCUGUCAUCUGGAGUAGAGACUCAGCCAGUUCCACUUGAUUCCUCCAUGUCUGCCGUGGUACAGGAAUUACAUUCUGAACUCCCUGUAAGUGUCUCCAAAGAGCUUCAUGCUGCCUCUGAGCCAAGUGUGAUCCCAGAUGUAAAAGCUGGAGCCUCAAGCGCUCUUGUAAGUCAGGGUAGGGCAGUGCCCUCGGAGCUGCAGAGGACUCCUGUGGAAUGUUGCGAAGAAACCUCGGAGACUGUGGACCAUGGGGGUGAGCCUGGGCGGUGUGGGCUGGUGGACUCCACAGCAGGAGGGUCUGAGGCUUCUGAGAUCUCGGAUAGGGAAGAGAAGACCAGGAGCAUGGAGCUAAAGGUCUUCAGAGAUAAAGGGGACCAGGCGGAAAUUGUAAGAGUGCCCUGUGAGGGAACCAAGGAAGAACCAUGUCAGACUCAUUCCACAGCCGCCAGAGAGGAGGUCAGCCAGAGUCAGGAGGCCCUCCCGAUGCAGUCGACCCAAGACCUUUCAUGCGCGGACCUCCCUGAAGACUGUCUGAGGAGCAACGAAGGGAAUGUACAAAUUACAACUGGAACUCUGUUAAAAUCUACUGAAGAGGUACAAGGUAUGAAGGUCAAUGGGACUAAGGCCUAUAAUAAUGAAGGACACAAGAAUGGCAAUGUGAGUAAAGGUCUCUCAGCUGGGUGCAGCGAAUACCCAGAAGUAGACAAAAUCAUAACCAGUGGUGAGGUUUCAGAAAGCAGCACAUUAGUUUCCCUAGAGCCUUUAACCUUUGUGGACCCUGGAUUAACAGAAGCAACUCCUACAGAAAAAGAAUGUGAAGAAUUAAAAACUUGUCCUUCUUGGUUGUCAUUCUUACCAGGAAACAGUGCCAUUUCCAAAGUGGACAGUGGGAAGGAAGAGUUGUGUAAAUUAAACCUUGUCUGUGGUGCAGAUGACAAUCACCAAUGGAUUCUUGGCCACCAUCAUGAAAAACACAGUUCCACACUUGGCAGUUCCAAAGCUACGGGAAGUGUGGUGGUUUUAGAACCUUUAGAAGAAAAUACUGAAGUUUCAUUUUUCACGUCAAGUUUAUCUGGUCCAGAAUCCAGAGCAGCAUCCUUAGAAAAAUGUGGUUUUGAUGGUGAUAACUUGCUGAAGAGACCUACUAAAAAGACAGGUAGUCCCCAUCUUGAUGGGGAUGAUCAAAGCAAGAACCUGGCUUCUAGAGAAGAAAAUGAACAACAGUUUUUGAACCCCAGGACUGAAGGAGGGGAACUCUUUCUUGGUAAUGCCAGGCUACCAGAAGAGGAUGCUAGUCGUCAUUGUUCUGGUGAAAAGGAGACUGUUGCCUCCCUAAAAGAAAAUACUCAAGAUCACUAUUGCAGUCAAGGCAGUAGCCAGACAGACAGCUCUGAUUCUGUAGCACUUGAUGCUUUUACUGAAGACACAGAAAUAAUGUUUAAAAAAAAUGAUUUGAAAAUCACUUUAGACAUUCAAAGUAGCUUAACAAACUAUGAGGACCAUAAAGAAACUUUUACUAAUGUGAACCAUCCAAGCAGACACUCUGAAGAGAGCAAUUUUUCCUCCUUAAUGCAGGUGGAAGAGCCAGAACAGACAACCACUAUAGAGCCCAACAUGUUAAGUGAAAAGAUUUAUAGUAAAGACUCCUUAGUCGGCAUCCAGAGAAAUCUGGAAAGUGACUCUCAGCUAAAUGAAUCAUCACAUAAUGAAUUUCUUAUUGAAAGAAAAUCCCUUGCAGGUUUAACGCCAGAGGACCAGAUAAGUCCUAUAAAUGAGGUAUCAAAACCCAAGAAAGAAAAUACUCAAUUACCACCCUCCCUAGAAUUUGAUCACAGACCUGAGUCAGAAAAAGCUGUACAGACCUCACAGGAUGGUAGUCCGCACUUAGAUGAACAGAGCAUUGCCUGUGAGAUGACCGAACUCCCUUGGACUGAUCAACCAGUUGUAAGCAAAGUAGAAAGUGAAUGUGUUUUAAAUCAAGUGUCCCUUAAUUCUCGAGACUGCUCGAAGUUGCCAACUGACAAAGAAAUGCCUUUAGCAACAAGCAAGGAUUCUCAUAAGAACCAUCACCCUCCGCUAGAAGAUGGAGCAGAUAUCAUUGCUGGCACCCGAACCAUUCCCAGGGAGACAAAAAGGAAAGACAUCUGUCUAUCAGGUGAUAAAGCCUGUGGUGCCUCUUCAAACAAUUCUACCUUAAACAUCAAAUCAGGAAGCCUAGAAAGAAGAAACGAAGUGGCAGAUUCAGGAACAGAAGAUCUACAUUCCAGACCUGUCUCCAGUAGGAAAGAAGCAGGAGGCUUGUCUCAAGAGAUCUCUGCUAUGGAAUGUCAAAGUGUUCAAUCUCAGGGUCUCUCUGGCUGUCCCUGUGCAAAAGAAAACGUGCCAGGAACAAGCAUGUAUUCUCUCUGUGCUGCUGCUGGGUCCAGCACAGUCAUCCUGGAAGCUGAAAACUCUUUGAUAACCAAGUGUGCGAACGCAUUUCAGCAGGACGAUCACCAUUCUCCAGGAAGAGGAGACCCCGUAGAAAGUAGCUCUGAUAAAGUGAGCUGUACAUUGGAGGAAUGUGAACUUAAUGGGAGAGAAACUGAAGGCAGCCCUGCAGGAGGUAAGGUCAGAAACAAAACAACAGCAAGUAUGUUAAGUAGGGAAGCUUCAAACAAAAACAUUCCCACCACCAGUCACAUCCAACCCAGUGAGGAAGGGUCACAAAGAAAGGAACGGGUUAUGCCCAGAGAGUCUGUGUUUUGUGAGGCUGACGUCUCUAACUGUGCCACACAAGAACCAAACCUGUCUGCAAACAUUCCAACUGAAAAAUCACCGAACCAGUCUCCUACUAGUAUGUUCUCCAGUUUUAAAAACAUGAACCAAGCAGUUGAAACUCUUGUUCAGAAGGCAGAUAAAGUCCUUGACUGUCAGAGCUACCAAAACAGACCAGAUGAACACAGAAGGGAAGAGAAAGCAGCUAAGGAAACAGUGGGUGGUGAUCAGAGAGAGACUGUCACAGAGCCUCACAGAGAGCUGAGCCACAACCCAAAGGAUCUGGUCAUCAGUUCAGGCAAUAACUCACCGUCUGGUGAUAGUUCAAAGAAAGGCAAUUUGAAAAGAGCCUUUGAAAGUAUUUCUGGUUGUGAGGAGCCCCCAGAUGGUAGGCUAGACCUCAUCUGCGCAGACUGCAGUAACAAACCUAAGGAUGGUGUGCUGGAUGUAAGAGCGUCUGGUACACUUGAUAAUGGUGCAGAGCAAGGUAGGCUGGCAUUACAGGAAACCCCAGUGAGCACCACCCUGACUCAAAACAGAGAACUGAAUGCUGCCUUUGUAGGAAUGAUUGACCAGGAUUCAGAUUUCCCAGACGCUACUUCCUCUACAGUGGAAUCUCUUGAAAUAAAAAAAUCAUGUGAGGAGAAAGUACACAGAUCCUUAAAAGACUGUGAAAUGGAAGUGUGUCCAGACUCCAGUACCCAUGAGAUAGAGUCUGUUGCAGUUCAUGAGCCAAAUGCAAGAAUAUUGGAUGGAAUAAAUGUGUCUUUAAAUCGUAUUCAUCAUGCACAGCGCAUUAAAGAAGCAACUCCUAGAGAAAUGCAGGGAAUGAUUGAAGGACUGAGACGAGAAAUAAAUUCUGAGUUUGACAGGGAAAAUACCUUUGGAAUUUGCUCAAAAGAGUUGAUGUCUUCUAGAUGCCAAGUUGACAGCUCUGUUCCCUUAGGGAGCCUGAAAUCCGUUGAGAUAAUGCCUUUGAGUCCAUCUCCUAAAAAAAAUUCAGAAACUAAUAUGAAUAGUGAAGAGCCUCACCAGAAAAAUUUUCUUAGACCAAAUGAUGGUGAGAUGCUUUGCGAACAUGUAAAGGACUGCACAAUACUGCCUCAGGCAAGGGACAGAGCACCCGCGGGUAUGAGCAACCUUAGUGGAGGAAGCAGCCAAGACACCAGUGUGAACAAUCUGCCUCUGACAAUGGAAACCAAAACUCAAGCAGGAGAAGAAACCAGGGAACACCAGAGGGGACCACUGGGCCACUUAACUGUUGGGGAGGAGUCAGAGAUGGUUCCUGGAGAGGAUGGUCAUGCUGAUAAUGUGAGUGAGAUUUCCCAGCCCCACUCUACGUCCCAGAGGAGGCUUGGUGAUGCAGAAGGACACCAAAGCCAGAGGGUUGUGGACUACGUGUUGGAGAAGGAAAAGGAAUAUACACAUCAGAAAGAAGCACAUAUAAUAUUGGAACAAUGCCCAUCAUCUAUUAGGUUACCAGAUGAGGUGCAAAAUAAGAACCAACCAAAGGAUUACAAAGAUCUGUCCACCAUGAUGAAAGAAAUCCCCCUAGCGAAGAUGGCCAGAGGUGACAUUGCUGCACAGUUUCAGAAAUCGAGAGAUUCAAAAGAGGAGGAAAGCUCGUGUCAUCCCUUAAAAAAGGACAUUGAGUUGCGCAUAGGUCCUUGGCUUAGUGGUGCUCCCCAGACAGCACAAGACCCCAGCUCUGCUGAGGGCAACAAACUACACGGUGCCUUUGGGAACACUUCACACCAGAGAGGAGUACUUCCCUUAAAAAAGCAGCCCCGUAGAACAUGCAAGAAAGUUUCCUGUCAGGAGCAAGUCAAUAUGGGGAGAAAAAUGAGUAAAAUCAGAAGUUCUGCCUUUUUAAAGAGUUCCUCUGAAGCCAUCCCUACAAAAGCACACCGAUUUCUCAGCUCGCGUGCUGUGUCUGUACCUACAUGCCUGGAGCCUGAAACAGUAACUGCCAAGAGCUUAGUGAGCCCCAUACCAAAGCAGGAGGCAACUCUGUGCCAUCCCUGGAGCAGCCUGAAUGUUAGGAAGCCUACCAAAGACUCAGCCUUACUAAACAAGCUGUCCGUCCUUGCCUCCAAACUGGCCCCAGCCUCAAAGACCCAGAAACCAAGAUACCGGCAGUGUUCCUCCGCGCUUCUUCCAGUGGCUAAAAGCUACAAGCUGCUCAGAUAUAAAAGGCUCCUGGAUGGAUUUUCAUACAAUAUACUGCAGCUGAAUCCACAUUUGGCAGCUAGCAGAUGGGAUACGAGGCCUAACAGUAAGCCCUUGACACUUUAUUCACUCGAAGCCAUCAAAACAAGCUUCCUAGAUUUGAGUAACAAGAUGCCAUCACUGCUGUUUGAUUCCAAAAUCUUUCCGGUGUCCUUUGACAUGAAGUCGGCCUCCGAGUGCAUGUCCGAGUACCCCAGAACUUUUCCUGAGCACUGUGCUCCAGCAAGGCUAGCCUUAGGAGAGCCCCCCCGGUGCCUGUCUCAACCUCCCAAGUGGACCUUCUCUUUCUUCUUAUCCCACGGUUGCCCUGGGAUGGCCACAUUCAGGGAAGACAGUGGCCUCCAUGGUCAGGCACAUGUCCAGGCUCCCCCACAGCCUCCAGUUCCUCUGCAAGACUUUGGAGGCACCGCCAUGGUCCAGACCAGAGCAGGGUGCUCAGUCCUUGGCCUUCACACGCUCCUAGCACUUUGUUCCCCUGGAUGUUACCGAAUCUGGACAAAAAAACGGAGUUUCUCCAGCCACAUGCCUACCAUGCAGAGGCUCUUCAUGACCCAGUUUACACAGGGCUUGAAAGGGUUAAGGUCUCCAGCCUCCAUAGCAGACAAGGUCUUCUGUUCUCUGCCCUACUCGGUGGGCCGAGUGCUGUCCAUGUGGAGCCAGCAUGGACCUUCUGCCUGCCCCUUCGACAUCUCUGCUCUUCAUUCCACCCACAGCAAGCGGCAGCCAACUCUGGGCUCCAUGAGCAGCCACCCCGCGUUACCAUAUGUGCCUCUUCCAGGCUUGGAAGCUACGUACAACACCAGUGGCAGUCAGAUGAGGCUAGAGCCUCCAUUCCCUGCCUUGGUACCAAAGUCUUGCUUGGUAACAGACUCAGCUGUCAGCAAGCUCCUGCUUUCAGCCUCUGAGUUCCAGGUUCCUGGAUUUGAUGAGCUGGAUGGUGUGACCGCAGUGUGCCCCCAUCCACAGGGCAGCCCUCCAGAACAGAAAGAGGCUGAGCCCAAGAAGAGGCCAAAGAAAGUCUCACAGAUUCGCAUCCGGAAAACCAUUCCUAAGCCAGAUCCUAAUCUUACCCCCAUGGGCCUUCCUCGACCCAAAAGGUUAAAGAAAAAGGAAUUUAGUUUAGAAGAAAUAUAUACCAAUAAGAAUUAUAAGUCUCCUCCUGCAAACAGAUGCUUGGAAACCAUUUUUGAGGAACCCAAGGAACGAAAUGGUACGCUCAUCUCUAUCAGCCAACAGAAGAGGAAGCGAGUUCUAGAAUUCCAGGAUUUUACAGUCCCACGAAAGAGGAGAGCUCGUGAAACUAAUGGAACUGGAGACCUUCUUUGCCAAGGAAGAGGAGCAGGAGUGAUCAUCCGGUUGUUGAGAAGCAGUUGGUUUGGGCAUCUCAAUUUUAGAUUUUCCUGGCCUCCUUGGAGGAGGUUACCUAAUUUUCCCUACCGCCCAAACCACUCAAAAUGCAGUCCAUGGAUUUUUACCUAUUUCAAGGUGCAGCCUUUUUAGAAACUGGUGAAGGAGGGUCCUCUACUUCUACUGCUGAGUAUAGAACCUCAGGAAUGCUCCCUUUCUCCUAGAAAUGGUCCUGAAUGACAUCUGCCUCCUCCCACUCUCUGCCAUCCACAGGGGGAGGACACAGCAUCCUUCGGUAACACUAGGAUCCCAAGGACUCACAGCAUUUGCACGUCCAUGUGAAAGUUCCAUGUUGUUUACGGUGGUGCUAGACCAAGAUUAGAGAUGUGGCCUAGGGAAGGGGGCCCGGCGUCCCAUUCUGCACGGUCUCACUGGCUCGUUUCAGUAGUUGAGGAAAGAUGAGCUGUCAUGUUUUCUAAUCCUUUGAGUCCAUCUGCCUAGAACUGGGUGUGUGUGUGUGUGUCUGUGUGUGUGCAUGCACGCGUGUGUGUGUGUGUGUGUGUGUGUGUGUGUGUGUGUGUGUGUGUGUGUGGCUUUUUCCCUUCAUUUUCUCCGCACUGUGACAGUGGGUCUCUGGUGCCAGAGGAGCCCACCCAGGCCCCAUUCAAAGUAAGUUGCACUUUUUAAUAUUGUGAUGUUAAUUUCAUUUAUUUCAUUUCCUCUUUUUUUUUUUUUGUAUUAUUGCUGCAUGUUUGGAGCCUUUAAAUGUGAUUUUAAAACUUUUUUUUAAGACAUCAAGGAGGACAGUAGAUGUCUGUAGAAUGUAUGAUAGGCAUUUGACCCAGUUUAUCAGUGCGUGGUGUGGGAUAACGGAGAGACUUUUUCCCACUCACACGUGUUCAAGCAGUCCCUUCCCCAUCUCCGAUGUCUAGUGUAACUCAUCAGAGGAGGCAAUUUUUCAUCCAGGUUCUCAUUCUUGCCCACUAAGUAGAUGUGUUUAUUUUAAUGAUGGAAGUAAGAACAGGUUUCUCUCCCAAUCAUUUAAAAAACGUGAAGGUUGGGUGUAUCCGUAAUGGGUUUUAUCCGAAGUGGUGGCAUGUAGCAUAGUUGGGUACAGCAGCUCAGUGGUUGUAAAAGCUAACCCAGAGUGUUUGCAGCAAUCAGAGCAACCUGCUCCCCAGACUGGGGAAGAGAGGGAGUACGGGGAGGGGAGCAGAGAGGAGACCGGCUGUGGUUCAGACUCAAGAUAAGUUCUUACAGUGGGAUCAUGGGAUUCCAUGGCUAGCCCUCUCUGGGGGCACCUCAUUGUACUCUGGACUCCUGUGUCAAAGCUCCUGGAAAUCUUGUCGAGUGCCAGAGUCGGCUGAGUCUCUUCUUUUGUGCCUGUAGGAGUCUGUGGGUGGAAGGGUGCUGGGUGGUCAGCAGGCCCAGAGGUUUCAUUCCUUUCCCACUUAAUUCUCAUGUGCCCUCGCCUGCUUCCCCUUCUCUCCUUCCCUUGUGCUUCAUCCUUUUUUCCUCUCUCUCUCUCAAAACAAGCAUUCAGAGAAUUAACAUUCCUUGGCUGGUGAGUGGAUGCUAAGGCCAGCCUCAGGACACUGGUCACCUCUUCCCAUCCUCCUAGGAGCCACUGCUAGGAAGCAGCUGCUGAUGGGAACUGUCAAAACUCCAGAGACAUUUUCAAAGUCAGUCCAUUAGAGAAGAGUUGACAGUCUAUGCCACACUGGAGCAGAAAAACCGACAACGAGCAAGAAAAAAAAGUGCCACAUCUGUCUUCUAGGCCCACUGCCUCAGACAUAGCAUUUAGGAGCUCCUGCUGGACAGCUUGCAAACUCCCAGUGAGUCAACAGAGCCCCGUUUGUCAGCUCCAUUGCCAGUGUAGACGAGUCAGCGAUGUGGCAGCCGGGUCAUCUAGCAGACUGAAGUUGAGCCAGCUGCAGCGCUGUCUGUGGUCCUCGGAGCCUGUGGUGCCCGCCCCCGAUGGGAGAUGUUAGUUGCUGCUGGGACGCCACCUGCCCAGGUCUACAGGAGGUCUGCUUCUGGGGUGGCGUUGGUACAACUUCCGAGUAUGGGGACUUCCUGCCCCAAGUGGUGGGGAGUUAUAGUUAUUACGACUUACACAACUAUAACUCAACUCCAGAGGUUUAGUGUUUUUAACAAGGGAAAGAGAGGAGAAAUCUCAGGUCCAGUUAGAGUUCUGCCCAUCAGCUUUUCACUGAAACUUUCAGCUGUGUUUUUUUAUCUUUAAUUUAUAGCUGUAUUUGACCCCACCUACCCCCACCCCAUCUGCCUUCCCCUCUUUGAUAUUCUUUCCAACUUCAUUUCUCCAUGAGUUUAAAUGUACCUCAUCACCUGUUAAAACAGAUCAUGUCCACUUCUCACUGCCCUUACUCUAAGAGCUACAACUGAGAGAGGUACAGUGAAAGACAUGUAGCGUUUGCCUUACCCAGAGCCUGAAGAGCUCGGAAACCCACGCUGUGAAUCCCAAAACUUAGAGCUCCUCGAAGAGCUAUGAAAAUCCUGACACUUCGUCACAGUAUUGCCUGAAAGGGUCUUUUGGCCAGAGCCCACUUGAGGUGAACUGCAGGUCCUCCCCUCUGGGCACGAUCCUCCCCUCACGGCUCAUCCCCUGCCCACAAGGCCCAGAGCUGCACAGGGAGCGCAAGUCGGAGGCAGCAGACCCAGGGAUUUGGUGCAGCCUGAUGCGGCGCAGGGCCUGCGCUCCGCCUCCAGGCUGGGAUUCCAUCUCACAGUCAGUACCAUGUACAUUCAGAUCCAUGGAAAACCAACUUCUAGGCGGUGGUGUUUUUCUCCCAAAACCCCGGGGAGGAAGUAUGCAGUUGGUGCUUUCUUUGAUUCCCUGUUAUGUUUUGUUUCCAUAAGCUUUUCCCCUAGUAUCAAGAAAAGGACUUCUUACCCACGCAUUGUGGGUGGCUGUAUCCAAAGUCUAAGUAAGUGGCCAGAGGUGCGGACUCCCCUCUUCUGAAUCCCUUGAGGGAAGGGCUUCCUACCACAGCUGAACUUCUCAUGUAAAAAGCUGGCUGGGGAGGAAGGUUUCAUUUUACUGAAAUCAAAGUUAAUAUUAUCAUCCAGCCACAAACUGAGCAGCAAAGGCUGUUUUGACUAUAAAGGGAGGGUCCCCGUGUCACCUGCCAUCCAGCACAGCGUCCUCUCAGAUUCAAUGCUGGUUCAUUGUGUGUCUUCACAAGCCCCUCUCUGGUGCUGAAGUGGAUUUGAAUUCUUGGCGAGAGGCCUCAGCAUCUCUUUGGGCUGGUCUGGGCCAGUAAAUAGCUGCCUGAAGUGUUUAUAUAUUAUCCUGGUCAAUAGUUCGGUGAAAUUUGUACAUUUUUGGUAACAUUGGCAUACACGAUGCCCCUGCAGCUCCUUUUCUGUUUGGUAGUUUGUGACUCUACAAUGCCCACUGUUAUGUGUGUUAAUUUAUGAAAAUAAAAAUAAAAUUUUUUUUUUGGAAAACCUUUCAAA